AGUGGCUUCAGUUAGUCGUGUGACUUGGUGGUGGUGACAGUAGCAAACGCUAAACAGGGAAGUAGAGGAUACGUCGCUGGGUAGAAGACACAGAAGAGACAAGACGCUUUGGAAGUGUGCUUUGCAACAGAUAGUCAUUCUCCAGAUGCCCGACUCCAGUCCUACCUCUACGAGCCAUGUCGAGCCCUCUUGCUGAUAUUUCUGAGAUGGCGAUAUGCCAAGACCACACCGCCAUGUCCUCUUGAGCUCACACUGGCUGCCCUCUAAUACUCACUCACAUACUUGAGUACCAUUAUGGCUCCUGUUCCUCCAGGUAUCCGCCUGCUGGUGUCUUUCAACAGGGACCAGUGGUACAAAGCUCUCACCUUCACCCUCACCUUCUUGCUUUACACCAGCUUCCACCUUUCCAGGAAACCAAUCAGUAUAGUCAAGAGCGAGCUCCACAGAAACUGUUCGCAUGUCAGUGAACGACCCACAAUUGGCUCCACCAGCGGCAAAAGUGACAUCAGCCAGAAGUUCUUUCUACAGGCUCUUCACACCAACAUGGACUGUAGCUGGAAGCCUUUUGAUAAAAGCAAUUACAAACAGCUGUUGGGAGCCAUGGAUUACUCCUUCCUCUGUGCUUAUGCAGUGGGGAUGUAUCUCAGUGGCAUCAUUGGCGAGCGCCUGCCGAUUCGACUGUACCUGACGGUGGGUAUGCUGGCUAGCGGCCUUUUCACCUCCCUGUUUGGACUGGGCUACAUCUACAACAUCCACAGUCUGGGCUUCUACAUCUCUGUACAGGUCGCCAAUGGCUUAGUCCAAACCACUGGCUGGCCAAGUGUUGUAACCUGCAUUGGCAACUGGCUCGGAAAGGGAAGGCGUGGACUCAUCAUGGGUAUUUGGAACUCUCACACCUCAGUGGGAAACAUCUUGGGUUCUCUGAUCGCCGGCUAUUGGGUUUCCUCCAACUGGGGCUUGUCCUUCAUCAUCCCAGGGCUCAUCAUUGCAGCCAUGGGUGUUAUCUGCUUCCUUUUUCUUAUUGAGCAUCCAAAUGACCUGAAAAGCUUAGAUAGUGACAGCUGCUCUCCAGGAAAGAGUGUGCCAACUAAGACUUGGAAAGGAGUAAGAGCACACACAGAGAUGUAUCUCCAUUACAAGGAUAAAAAAACCCAGAGUUAUGGCACAGAACUUUUGUUGCCAAAGGAAGCCUCUUGUGUACUUGUGCAGCCAGUUGUGGUGGUGAGGAGUGAGUCCGAGCCGUCUGCCAUCAGCUUCAUGGGAGCCCUACAUAUACCAGGUGUUAUUGAGUUCUCUCUGUGUCUACUUUUUGCAAAGCUGGUCAGCUAUACCUUCCUCUUCUGGCUGCCACUCUACAUCACUAAAGCAGCUCAUCUGGAUGCCAAGAAGGCUGGAGAUCUUUCCACUCUGUUUGACGUGGGAGGCAUAAUAGGAGGGAUAUUUGCUGGAGUCAUCUCUGAUAAACUCGGGAAGAGAGCCACCACAUGUGCAGUCAUGUUACUGCUUGCUGCUCCUACACUGUAUGGCUUCUCGAUGAUCAGCGAGCUCGGUCAUGGACCAACCAUUGGAGUGCUUUUAGUGUGUGGAGGUCUUGUUAAUGGCCCUUAUGCACUCAUCACGACUGCCGUGUCUGCGGAUUUGGGAACCCACAAGAGUCUGAAAGGCAAUGCCAGGGCAUUGUCAACUGUCACUGCCAUUAUUGAUGGGACAGGGUCUGUCGGUGCAGCAAUGGGACCCUUGCUGGCUGGGGUGUUAUCUGCAGGUGGCUGGGAUCAGGUGUUCUACAUGCUUAUGACUGCUGACUUCCUUGCUUUACUGCUUUUGCUAAGGCUUGUGACAAAGGAGUUAUCCUCAGCUAAAUCCCGGCCCAUCUCUUCUGUAGAGUUGAAGGAGCACUGAACCCUGUGAUUGCACUGCCUCAACACAGGAGCACCCAAACACACAAGCACAUGGACCGGUUGUGAACAAUCGACAAUACACCACUUAUGACGUUGAAGUUGAAGUGACCCAGAACAGCACUUCGUUUUAGUCUCGGGGAUUCAACUUGGACAAGUUACGUUUACUUGUAAAUUGUAAAUUAUAAAUUAUAACGUACAUUUGACAUUUUCACAACUUGACUUAUUGUUAGACUUCUCUAUCUCUUCACCAGAACACAAAUAGAAAAUAUCCAUUUUGGACAAAACAUUGAAACAUUUACUUUUGGAUAGUUUUUAACGAAAUUCACUUCACGUUUGUUGAAUUUGUAUUUCAUUUCACUGAAAUGUGCUGCAUAAAGUGUAUUGAUAUUUAACCUUGCCAGUACAGUAUAGGGUGUAGCAGCGUUGCUUCUGUGUUGCUAUACGUAGUAACUGCUACACAACGCUUGACAUACCAUACAUCCGCGGCGACAGAACGUCACCUAAAAGCGCAAUUAAACCAAUUUUAGGAAAACAGAAGACAGUUCUUGUCGAUGCAGAGAAAACUGUUGCUCAUUUUGGAUGCUCAUUUGGUCUUUUUCGAGCAAACUUGCUCUCUUCUGGCCAGUGUUUAAGAGCGUAAUUAAAGUGUGAGAGCAGAGCAGGAAAGUUGCCGAUGGAAAACUACUUUUUGCAAGAAAACAGCAAAUCCAAAUAAAACACACCUUUUUGUUUUCCGAGCAGUUAAAGGAACACUCCACUGUUUUUGGAAUUUUGCCCAUCAUCUACAAUCCUUACACUCCCAAUCCUCCAUCUACUCACACGUUUUUCUCUUUUCUGUGCGUUCUAAGGAUAUAAAAACAGAUAAAGAGACAUCUCAUUACUGCACGUAAUGGGAAACACUGCCUAUAAAGUCUUCUGAAAAAGACUCCAAAAAGCGCCAACAACGCUCCAUUUACAUAUCAUGUUACAACAUUGUUACGCCAAUUGAACUACGUCACUGGCGCAUUGACACGUCGCCACACCACACCGGCUAGCGACUAGCUUCACCACACACUCGCCUUCCGCCUGCAGCCAGUCAGUGCCGUGCUCACUGUGCCUUAGACCACUACCAAAAAGGUAAGGCUACAUAUUGGACAUGCAGCCACUGCUGUUGUGUGUGUGAAAGGUUAACGCUUAUGUUGCUAUGUGAAAUCAGUGUACCCAAGAAGGAAGUUCUGGCAAUGCUUAAAAUGACCAAAAUACUGUAUUACAUGUUAUCAUGAAUGUACCAGCUACUCCGUGGUCACAGCAUGUAUAGAAAAGGAUAAAACCUUGUUGGAGUCGUUUUAAUAGGCAGCAUAGGUGUGUCCGCUUACGUGCAGUAAUGAGCUUGGCUUUUUUUAAUCUAUUUUUAUAUCUUUAGAACACAAGAAAGACGUGUGUUCACAUCUCACAUAAGGACUGUGGAUGAUGGGAAAAUUAAAAAAAGUGCAGUUUUCCAUUAAUGCAAGGCAACAGUAAGCCGUGGAAGAACACUUCUCAUGGCUUGUAACAAAAGUUUUUGAAAAUCCGGAAAUAAUUAAAAAAUCAUAUUUUUGAGAUUGCGUCAAAUUUUCAGAGCGAUUGUAAUUCCAUUGCAGUCAAAACUCUUACCAUUGAAAGAAGAACCCACACGGCAGUUGAUGAUAGAUUAUCAAAUUGGAAGAUUGGGAAUACAGUGAAACCCUUUUAAGUCGGCCCUGUUUACGUUGACGGGACCGACACCAUUUUCAUCCUACUGAUAAACAGUGAGUACUUAAUUCAGCAAACUCCUAAAUGGGCGACUGCUUUUGUCGACAUAAAAUUUGAGACCCAAAGGAUUAGGCUUCUCUGUCCAUUUAAAUUCUGCACAAAUUUUCGCUCAUUCGCUCAUUCUCCUUAUGUCUCUGGCAGAAGUUUGAAGUAAAUGUGCAAGCAACGCUUAUGUCGACGUGAGUCAGUCAAUGUUUUGAUUUUUAUUACGUUCCAGAUCUGUUCUAAAGAGAUCUGCCUCCAAAGGGAUCUACAUCACUCUCGUCAGGGAAAAUGAUGUAAAUACUUAAUGUGUUGCUUUGACCGAAAUGAAAGCACUCCGAUAAUAUGCCUUGGAAAAAUAGAGAUUCAUCAUUUUUGGCUGCAUUUGCACAAAAUCUUUGAGAGCAGCCAUGUACAGUAGUUCUACAUUAUUAGAAUUGUGUGAAUGCUCAAGAUAUACAUUACAUGUUACUAUGCAGCAAAAUUCUUCUAUUUAUUAAUUUUAUUCUGCUCAUUCAGGAUGUAAAAUCCCACUUUUUGUCAAAAAUUCCACAUUUUCCAACCAUAAAUACCAUUUGAACUUGAGAACAAUUUCUUCCACAUUUCUCAACCAAUUCAAACCAUUCCAACACCAAAACGUUCAACUCAUUUGGGACAUUUAGGCUACCUAUUUUGACAUCUAAAAUUUCUUGAUUUUCCCAAAACUCCACAUUUUCGGGGCCAAAAAUAUUCAUUGAAAUUUAAUGGAAUUUUUUCCACAUUUCUCAAACCAUUCACAAUUUUCCACAGCCUAAAAAUUCCCACUUUUGCCUGUAAUUCCACAUUACUGGUUACACUUUACAGUGUAUCCAGAUAGUACUCACAGUACUUUGUCUGCAUUUUAUGUCAAAGCCUUAUUCCAAUUCACUUUUUCCUUUUAACCCAUGAUUUUUGCAAAUGUAUUAGAACUGAAAACACGUACUUUGCUGAAAGCUGCAAAUUCAGCUCAGGUGCAUGUUUCCACUGAUCAUCCUUGCGAUGUUUCUGCCUGCAGCUUCAUUAGAGUCCACCUGUGGUAAAUCCAGUUGAUUGGGAACACACCUGUCUAUGUAGACCUCUUGAGAAAGGAUUGUUUCUAGGCACCAAUCUGGGGAAGGCUACAGAAAAUUUUUUGCUGUUUUUGAAGAAAAAAAUGUGGAAAAAAGUGAAGCACUGUGAAUAUUUUCUGGCUGCACUCUAUAUGUUUUACGUGACUGUUGAAAAAGAGCCAAGACGAGCCAUGAAACGCUUUCCCUUCAGUGUCUUCGGUGAAAUACAAAUCUCGGUUCACAGUAACGGUCAUUUGUACGUCAUUUAAAUUUUCCACGCUGCAACUGGAGUUGUAAAAGCAUGUAGGAAGUAAAGCUGCCAACCACAAUCUCCCCAAAUGAGUAGAACGCAGAGGAAGUUAAGGGACCUAAAAUUGAGCCUUGUGGGACCCCAAAUGAUGGAGCAACAAAGGAUUUUCUGACAUUUUAUUUGCUCAACUUUUGCAACAUUUUUCUACUUGGGUUUGUCAAAGUAUGUAGGAACUGAGGCUGUCAAGCCCCCAAAUGUUGUCGGACGUUUUAAGCAGCACAUGUAAAUGUACAAGGUACUUUUUGUCACUGAAUAUGUAUAAAAGAGUAUAUGUGAGACAGGAAUUUCACCAAAGACUUUUGGUGCCUAUUUGUCACUUUGUAGUAUAAAGCACUCUAUUUGUAUUUGUCUCCAUUAUAAAUGGACUUUAUUGAAUUUAAACAAAUGAAAACCAGACAACCCAUUUAAUUAAACUUGUCUAUUUUUAAUAUCAUAUAUGAAUGCUACAUUUUGGGAUCAUUUCCUUCAAUGGUCGUAGCACUGAGACAAUGUGUUUCUUAGCUCUGUUUAAUGCGUGUUAGUGUGGAGCCUUCUGUUGAAAAUGUGUGCCUUGUUUAUUUGUCGUUUUACAGGCAGUUGAUAAUAAAAAAAAUCAUAA